UUUGCCGAGCUGAACUGAGCAUGGAGAAGUCAAGUCGCCUUUAGGAAUGGCCACAAAGCCCCCACCUGGCAGCCACCCUCUCCCUGUCCCUCCACGGCAGGUGGCCUUCGGGAGACUGUCCUUAGAGGAAUGAGCCGGGACGGAGCCGUCAGCAGCGCACUGGGUGGACAGCAGCCAGCAAGGAUGGAUGUGGUCGACAGCCUUCUUGGGAAUGGAAGCAACAUCUCUCCUCCCUGUGAACUCGGGAUGGAAAAUGACACACUUUUCUGCCUGGAUCGGCCCCUUCCUUCCAAAGAGUGGCAGCCGGCGGUGCAGAUUCUUUUGUAUUCCUUGAUAUUCCUGCUCAGCGUGCUGGGAAACACGCUCGUCAUUACGGUCCUGAUUCGGAACAAGAGGAUGAGAACUGUCACCAACAUCUUCUUGCUCUCCCUGGCUGUCAGCGACCUCAUGCUCUGCCUCUUCUGCAUGCCUUUCAACCUCAUCCCCAACCUGCUCAAGGAUUUCAUCUUCGGGAGCGCGGUUUGCAAGACCACCACCUACUUCAUGGGCACCUCUGUGAGUGUAUCCACUUUUAACCUGGUAGCCAUCUCUCUGGAGAGAUACGGUGCGAUUUGCAAGCCCUUACAGUCCCGGGUCUGGCAGACCAAAUCCCACGCUCUGAAAGUGAUUGCAGCUACCUGGUGCCUCUCCUUCACCUUGAUGACUCCAUACCCGAUUUAUAGCGACUUGGUGCCUUUUACCAAAAAUAACAACCAGACAGCUAACAUGUGUCGCUUUCUGCUGCCAAAUGAGGUGAUGCAGCAGUCCUGGCACACGUUCCUGUUACUCAUCCUCUUUCUUAUUCCUGGAAUCGUGAUGAUGGUGGCAUAUGGGUUAAUCUCUUUGGAACUUUAUCAAGGAAUAAAAUUUGAUGCUAACCAGAAGAAGUCUGCUAGAGAAAGGAAGCUGAGCUCCGCCAGCAGCGGCGGCAGGUAUGAGGACAGUGACGGGUGCUACCUGCAGAAGUCCCGGCGCCCCAGGAAGGUGGAGCUCCAGCAGCUGUCCAGCAGCAGCAGCAGGAUCAAUCGCAUCAGGAGCAGCAGCUCAGCGGCCAACCUGAUGGCCAAGAAGCGGGUGAUCCGCAUGCUCAUGGUCAUCGUGGUCCUCUUCUUCCUGUGCUGGAUGCCCAUCUUCAGCGCCAAUGCCUGGAGGGCCUAUGACACCGCCUCGGCCGAGCGCCGUCUCUCGGGGACCCCCAUUUCCUUCAUCCUCCUGCUCUCCUACACCUCCUCCUGCGUCAACCCGAUCAUCUACUGCUUCAUGAACAAGCGGUUCCGCCUUGGCUUCUUGGCCACCUUCCCCUGCUGCCCCCACCCCGGCCCCCCAGGGGCACGCGGGGAGGUGGGGGAGGAGGAGGAAGGCAGGACCACAGGGGCCUCUCUGUCCAGGUACUCAUACAGCCACAUGGGCGCCUCUGCCCCACCUCCCUGAGCAGGCAGCCCCUGCGGUGCAGCAGCAAGGAGGGGAGUGGAGGGAAGAACAGGA